AUGAGCAGACGCGAGCCGCGUGUGUCCCUCAACAUUAGACAAAACGACGCUUUAAACGAGUUUGAAAACUGUAUGUUCACUUCAUCCGUUGCCAGGCUGAUCGUUAAUUUCCUUCGGUGGCUUCCAGUUAAGAAGAAAUUUCUCCUCGCCAACAAACAUAUCACCAAGCUUAAUUCCACCCUUAGCGUACGGAUCGAAGAACUUAAUGCCCAGAUAUCCACCCUCUAUGUCGAAAACCUCCGUCUGCGAGCGUCCGAAAUUGCUCUUACAGCACAAUUGAAGAAGGAACGAGAAAAAUCCAGGAAAGUCAUGGCAGAUACAGAGACUGCGACCAUCAGUUUGACGAAACAUCUCCACCUUCUUCGGCAGUCUUUCAACAUUCCCUCUGGCCAUUCUCCUCCUCCAUCCGAUCCUCCUCCUCCGCAGGCUCGCCGUCCCAACAUCGAUCCUCAUGCCUCGCCUCAAGUACCUCGCCUGUCCCGUGCACCUACCAUACCCGGUAUCUAUGAAGAGGAAGAAAUUGGCUCGUCUCUUGAAGCGGAUGAAGAGGACAUGAGCUCGAUUCCAAACCUUGGGCCCCCUCGGAAGGCGAAAGCACGACUUUCAGCGUCGCGGCUUCCACUACCAGCUCGGGUAGCCUCUCCUCCGCCUUUGCCAACGCCGCUUCACAUCAACUUGCAAGAACAAGUCGUUACAGGAAAGAAAAAAUCUGCGAGGAGACGAAGUGGGCUACUGAAAUCGACUACCGAUGCUUCUGGUGUCGAUGCUGAUGACAUUUGUGAAACAUUGAUUCCGCCACGGCCUGCUAGCCCAGCCUUCGGUUCUCCUGUCAGAAGAGAAGCAGGUUUGGCCGAGGAGAACGAAGAGAAACUCGUAGCUCAUGAUAUUUUAGCAGAUGAGGAUCAGGAUGAAGUCAUAUCUUUGCCAAGGAAGGAAAAGAAGGAAAAGAAGUCGAAGCUUAAAGAGCGAGAUGUUGAGGGAGAAGCUAGCGAAAGUGAGAGAGGAAGAGAACGUGAGAGAAAGAGGAGAAGAGAAGAAGAGUAUGGCAGUGCUGCUGAAGGAAGUAAAUUCAAACUUAAGGACGUCACCAAUUCACCACGCAGUCGUGCACUCCUGCCACCAUUGGAUAUCAAUACCUCAGAUCGCGACCGCCAACGUACACCCGAGACAGAAGGACCCACACCCAUAUCCGCCGCGACAUCUUUAGCUACCACCCGAACAUUCCUGUCCACGCCAGCUACAACUCCUGCAACCACUCCCCAAGUAUCGUAUCUACCAACACCACGGUCAUCGAGUAGUCCUAUUCCUCCCCAAAAUUCAACCUCUUCUGAGGCUGAUGCAAAUGCUGCCAGUGGACGUGAACGUAGAGCCAGGAGAAGUGUGAAUUAUGCCGAACCUAAACUCAACACGAAAUUGCGGAAACCUGAUACCACACUCGGCCUGUCCACGGCGUCGUCAUCCAAGAAACGAUCAUCUGUAGCUUCGCUCACCGAUGGCCCUGAACCGAGGUCGUCCCUCGAAGGACCUCUACAAACUAGGGGCUCGCCCCCUGUAUCACGAACUUCCUCGUCGUCCAGUUCAGGCACCAACCCUCUAACUACUUCUACGGUUAAACGGAAAAAGUCUCGUCCUCACGUUUUCACGGAGGAUGAUGAAGAGAGUGAGGGAACUCAAGCUGAUGCAGAAUAUGGCAGCCUAAGUGGAUGGGUGACGAUCGACGGUAGACGACGAAGUGGCAAUCACCACAGUGCCAGAGCCAUCGAGGCUGACGAGGGUAGGAGACAUAGCAUGGCCGUUUAA